UCUAAAAUUUUGAUGUAUAAAGAAAUGGAUUUUCAAUCUGAUUGCAUCUAUGGUGGGUUGAUAAAUUUUAACAGUAUGAAGGCAGUGAUUGAAAGAUACAACAAAACUAAGGAGGGUGAACUACAAUUGACAAAUCAAACUUCUGAGACAAAGUUCUGGCAAAGGGAGGCUGCCACAAUGAGGCAACAGAUACAAAUAUUACAACAGAGGCAAAGACAAAUGAUGGGUGAAGAGCUUUCUGGUCUAAGUGUCAGAGAACUACAGAAUUUGGAAAACCAACUGGAGACAAGUCUUAGGUGUGUUCGAAUGAAAAAGGACAAAUCACUUCUUGAUGAAAUCCAAGAACUAAGCCAUAAGGGAAACCUCAUUCAUCAAGAAAAUGUCGAACUGUGUAAGAAGGUAAACCUUUUAUGUCGAAAAAAUAUGGAACUUUAUAAGAAGGUAUCUAUUGAUGCAAAUACAAAAGCAUACUAA